AUGGCGCCCUCUACGACCCACUCCCCAGCAAAGACACUCAGUCGUAGUGAAUAUCUGGCGGUAUCGUGGACCUUCACAAGCUUCGCCAUUCUUCUAUCCUUUGGCCGUUUCGUGAUCCGGAAACGCUUGCUUGGAAAGCUUCAAAUGGAUGACUGGAGCCACGCCUUCGCAUUGGUACUCUUGAUCCCAUACAUGGCUCUUAGUACGACGAUUUACCCCUUAGCCAUAGAAGUGGGACUCUUUGGAAAGAAAGAUGGGCCAAUGCCCUCGAAAGAAAGACUAGAGCGAUUCUUCCGGCUUGAAGUUGCUGGACAACUCUUCUUCUGGAUCAUCUUGUAUGCGGUCAAAUUCACUUUUCUGAUUCUCUUCCGCCAAAUCUUCAGUGUCAACAAGAUAUUUAUGAGAUGGUGGUGGGCUGUCUUCAUUUAUACCUGCAUCGCAUUCUGGGCGUGCUUCCUCGAGGUGUUUUGGAUCUGUGGCAGUCCGUCCGAUAUAUUCGUUCUCAAGAAAUGUCUAACUCCACAUGCGUCCGGCGUCGUAAACAACUUUGCGGAGGUAGGCCUUGCCCUUAAUAUAUCUUCCGAUCUCGCUGUCAUGAUCCUCCCCACAUGUUUCCUGCGAGGCCUGCAAAUGCAGUUGGGCAAGAAAAUUGCCGUGGGAUUGCUGUUCUCAGUCGGCAUGGUCGUCGUCGUCAUAGACGCUGUCCGACUCGCGGUGGGUGAUGGUGGAGGAGUUGUAAGCCAAGCAUUGCUUUACGACGCCCUAGAGCCUGCAAUUGCGGUAAUCAUGUCAUGUUUGCCAACUUACAGAACCCUUAUCUCUCCCGCUCGUGGAUCCAGCAGGAAUCUUAAAGGAGAUCGAUACCAGUAUGAAUCUGGAAGUCAGCAAAGUUGGAAAGACCGCAUCACGGCAAGAUACCGGAGCGAGGGAUAUGAGCUUAGUAACGAUAGCGAGGCGCUUACACGUCCUCCUGCGACGUUACCAUUGGGCAAAGUAUGA